CUUCGCUUCAUCUCAAAGGCGUGCAAUUUAGUUCUCAUUAGCCUCUCUCUCUACUUUCUCUCUCUAUAUAUAUAUACAACACAAUCAUCGAUUUUUUCUCUGUUUGUUCAAGCCUUUUUCUUUCAUUCCCAAGACCCAGAACUUGUAGAGAGAGAUUUUGUACGGCUCUGUUGUUUUUGCUCCAGAUUUUGUACAUAUAUAUACAGUGUUUUAUAUAUAUAUAUAUGCAGAAAAUGUAUAGAUACAGUAAGCAACACAGUGAGAAAGAAAAGACCCCAUCUUUCUCGUCGAGUCUUCUCGACAAAAUUUACCGCUCGAUCGACGAGGGUACAGAGACGAAGUCCGAUCAUCGUGAUUUGAAGUUUUACAGAGAAACAAUGGCGAAAAAACAGAGCAAGGUAAACACUUACAGAGCCGAAGAAGAAGAUGAUGAUGAUGAUGAAGAAAUGGCUAGCUUUCGUCGAGCUUGUUUGAUCGAUAAAUGGAUAGAGAAAAAGGUCGGAACUACUAAUCAGAGAAGAAGAGAUUACAAGAAUUACUCCGAAUUCGGUAGAAGAUUAGACCACCAAACUAGCUAUAACAACGAUCAAGAUGUUCUCUUCUUUAGUUCAACUUCGAGCUCUUCAGAUUCCAGCUCCGGCGGCUUCUCUUCCUCCGAUACCGACUCCAUCUACGGUGCCAGGUCGGCGGUGUCUCUUCCGGCACCGAAGCCGGUUCGAACCGGAGUAGUCAAAGCUCGACCAGAAAAGACUGAGAGAAAACAGAGCACUUUGUUGUACGAACAGAGAGAGUUCAAUAUCUUCGAUGAUUAUCAGAAAGAGAACACUCCAAAACUCCAAGACGAUGUUCUGAUCAAAUCAAAGUCGAGAGCUUUGAGGAUUUACAGUAAUCUUAAGAAGGUGAAGCAACCAAUCUCGCCGGGAGGUCGGCUGGCCAGUUUCAUCAACAAUCUUUUCACGUCCGGUAACGCUAAGAAGAGUUCGAAACCCGUACAACAACCCCACGAAACGACGACGUGUUCUUCCGCUUCUUCCUUCUCGAGAUCGUGUCUGAGCAAGAACUCGCCGUCGACGAGAGAAAAGCUCCGAAAUGGUGACAAGAGAUCGGUCCGAUUCUGUCCUGUGAGCGUUAUAGUCGACGAAGAAUGCCGUCCUGUUGGUCAGAAAUGCUUGUACGGAGAAAAAGAACGAGAAGAAGCAAGGUCUGCGGCUACUGUUAUUCCGGGCAGGGUUCCGACGGCGUGGAAGAUUGGACCGGUGCCGGGGAAGAAGGCGGAGGUGGAUAAAACGCGAAGAGUUGGAGAAGUGGCUAAGGAUUUUCUUAGAGAUUACCGACAAAACCAAAAGAAAAACGACAUUGUCAAGAGAGGAAACGACGUCGUUGUCGCUAACGACGAUGUUGACGACGACGGCGCCGCCUACGACGACGGAGCUAGCUGUUCAAGUUCCGACCUUUUCGAGCUUGAUCACUUGGCUGUGAUCGGUAAAGAUAGGUAUCGUGAAGAGCUUCCUGUGUAUGAAACUACUCGUUUUAAUAAAAAUCGAGUCAUUUCUUAUGGCCGAUAAUAAUAAUAAUAAUUAUAAUUAUAAUUAUAAUUAAAAAAAUAUAAUAAUGUUGUUUUAUUUAAUUUAAUUUUAUUAAAUUAAUAAUGUUAUUAAAUAUCAAUAUAUCAUAUGGUAUAGUCUUAUAGACACAUUAUUGUUCUAUAAAAUUAGUUUUGGUUCUCUCUCUCUUUUUUUGAUUUUAUGUUGUAUAAAUGGUAUUGAUUUUUGUUUUAAAUACU